ACUGUGAAGUAUUUUUUGGCUGCAUGUCAUGCAUAUCGCGGAGCCAUAUAUAAUAUCAAAUUGAUUGAAGACAAUGGCUGAACUCGAUGAAUGGAUAGAAAUUGCGAAAAAGUGUAAAUAUUUGCCUGAAAAUGAUUUGAAAAAACUAUGUGAUAUUGUGUGCGAUCUCUUGAUUGAAGAAUCAAACAUACAGCCAGUUAGUACACCAGUUACGGUUUGUGGAGAUAUACACGGACAGUUCUAUGAUUUGGAGGAACUGUUUCGGACUGGUGGUCAGAUACCAGACACAAAUUAUAUUUUUAUGGGCGACUUUGUGGACCGAGGAUACUAUAGUUUGGAAACGUUAACACGCCUCAUGACAUUGAAAGCUCGCUAUCCGGACAGGAUAACUUUACUGCGUGGUAACCAUGAAUCGAGGCAAAUAACAAAAGUUUAUGGAUUUUACGAUGAAUGUCUUAGCAAAUAUGGUAACGUCAAUGCGUGGAAAUAUUGUUGUAAAGUAUUCGAUUUGCUCACAAUAGCAGCUUUAAUUGAUGAAGACGUUUUAUGUGUGCAUGGUGGACUUAGUCCUGACAUUAAGACGCUUGAUCAAAUUCGUACGCUUGAUAGGAAUCAGGAAAUUCCACACAAAGGUAGCUUCUGUGAUUUAGUAUGGUCGGACCCAGAAGAUUCGUGCGACAGGUGGGUUCAAUCACCCCGCGGUGCUGGUUGGCUAUUCGGCAGUCUAGUCACAAAGGAUUUUCUGCAAAUCAACAAUUUACAGUUAAUCUGUCGUGCGCACCAGCUGGUACAUGAAGGUAUUAAGUAUAUGUUUGACGAAACAUUGGUUACCGUCUGGUCGGCGCCGAACUACUGCUAUCGGUGCGGAAAUGUGGCAUCGAUUUUGAAAUUCAGCACAUCAACCGAUCGCGAGGUGACCAUUUUCAAUGCUGUACCAAAUACUGAACGAGAAAUUCCGCCCGAACAAACGACACCGUAUUUCUUGUAGAUUUAUGCCGAGAAUUAAUUUUGUCGAACAUCGAAGAAGAAUGGUUGCGCAUUUCUUUUUCGGAUUUCAAUUUAUAUGUUCCACCAAAACUUUUUACAUUUUCUUACAUGUACACACCGAUGGCCUUGCAUUUUGUCGUUUGGUCCAAAUCUAUUUUUUUCCUUUCAGAAAAUAUAAGUUAGAUAAUGUAUAACGGACAC